AUGGCGGCUCCAAAAGACUUGCCCACCUCCAGUCUGCGGGUCCUGGAUGAGGCUUUGGGCGUGGGUUUGACGGCCGCCGAAAGCGCUUACUACCUGGAGCAGGUCACCAUAACUGAAGCAUCUGAAGAUGAUUAUGAAUAUGAAGAGAUACCAGAUAACAAUUUUAGCAUUCCCGAAAGUGAAGAAGAUCUGGCAAAAGCAGUUCAGGUGGUCCAAGAACAAGCUACUGAUGCCCAAAUUUUGGAGCAGAAAACAGUUCUUCCUUCAAGGCAGGCAGCACAUGAGGUAAUAGAAGACUUUCUCUGCAAUUUUCUGAUCAAAAUGGGAAUGACCAGAACUCUUGAUUGUUUUCAGUCUGAAUGGUAUGAGUUAAUACAGAAGGGAGUAACUGAACUUAGAGCUUCUGGGAAUGUUCCAGACGUCUACAGCCAGGUUAUGCUUUUAGAAAACGAGAACAAAAAUUUAAAGAAAGACCUGAAGUACUACAAACAGGCAGCUGACAAGGCUAGAGAAGAUCUGCUGAAAACUCAGAAAGAACGUGACUUUCAUCGUAUACAUCACAAGCGAAUAGUCCAGGAAAAAAACAAAUUAAUUAAUGACCUUAAAGGGUUGAAGUUGCAUUAUGCCUCUUAUGAACCAACGAUACGAGUGUUACAUGAGAAACACCACAUUUUACUGAAGGAGAAAAUGCUGACCUCUUUGGAAAGAGACAGAGCAGUUGGACAGGUUUCUGAACUUCAAGAAACAUUGAAGAACAUAGAUAUAGGACAUAGUUAUCAUAUUCCUGAAAUUAAAGUUGGUCACAAUUGUGAAAAAGAAAAUGCAUCAGAGGGUCCUACUCAGAGAGGUCUUUGUGAAGCCAGGAAACAAAACAAAAGUAAAACAAAGAAGAAAGACAAUAAGGAUUCAGAAUUUCCCAUUGAUAUACAAGCAGAACCAAACCUGAAUUUAUAUAAAGAAAAUCUCUGUCCAGCAAAAUUUAACUACAAGCUGAAUAACAUUUUUAGACUUCAUGAACUUCCAGUGAGCCGCAUCGCCGUGCACCCCUGUGACGACAUCCUUGUCACUUGUGGUGAGGACCGCCUCUGGAAGGUAGUGGGCAUUCCCAAAGGCAAUGUGCUUCUCACGGGACUUGGCCACACGGAUUGGCUUUCUGACUGCUGCUUCCAUCCCAGUGGCAGCAAGUUGGCUACAUCAAGUGGUGACACUACAGUUAAAUUGUGGGACCUAUACAAAGGCAACUGCAUUUUGACUUUCGAAGGUCACAACCAUGCAGUCUGGUCCUGCUCAUGGCACUCCUGUGGCAAUUUUGUAGCUUCUUCCUCAAUGGAUACAACUAGCAAAAUCUGGGAUGUUAACAGUGAAAGAUGCAGAGGUACUUUGUAUGGACAUACAGAUUCUGUGAACAGCAUUGAGUUUUUCCCUUUCUCCAACACUCUUCUUACGGGUUCUGCAGACAAAUCCCUGUCUGUAUGGGAUGCAAGAACGGGUAAAUGUGAGCAGUCACUUUAUGGUCACAUGCAUUCUAUCAAUGAUGCCACCUUCAUGCCUCAGGGUCACAUGAUAGCAUCCUGUGAUGCCUGUGGGGUUGUAAAACUAUGGGAUUUUCGGAAGCUCUUACCAAUUGUGUCCAUUGAUAUUGGCCCAAGUUCUGGCAAUGAGGUGAACUUUGACUCAUCAGGUCGAGUUUUAGCUCAGGCGAGCAACAAUGGAGUUAUCCAUCUGCUAGAUCUUAAAUCUGGGCAGAUUCACAAAUUGAUGGGCCACGAGAGCGAGGUGCACACGGUCGCAUUUUCCAACGAUGGGGAGAUUCUAUUUUCCGGAGGCUCUGACGGCACAGUUAGAGCUUGGUCCUGA